AGCUUCGAAAAAACAAAAAUUCAAAACUGACAGACUAGAGGGCCGAGUUCACAGCCAGAAAAUCAAAUGAAGCAGCAGCAGAAACGUGCAUAGCCAGACUUUUUCCACUGCUAAAUUAAACAACCAAAAUUCACUGUUUCACGAAGAAUUCUAUGCUACUGACGUUAUAUUACUACUAAAUAAAAAAUUGCCAUCAAACAAAUGCAACGGACCAACGCCAUUUAAGUGAUACAACAAAACAAAUAAAAGUUUAAACAACAUAAGUGCUGUGAUUUCCACUACAAAACAACAACAACAACAACCAACCAACAACAAAUGUUAAUUUAAACUGCAACAACAAGAAGAAGCAAUCAGCAAGAAAACAAACAGCAAAUUGUGAUAAAUUAAAUAAUCUUAAUUAAUUAAUUGUACAAGUGAUAAAAAGUAGGCGACACAAAAAGCCGUCGGAAAAUUGCAAGCGAACGAACGAACGACUUUCGAUUCGAUUCGACUUUCCACCAAACCACACAGAAAACCAAUGAAAAUGGAUGUUAUCCCCGUGCAAACAUUGUAUGACGGUGUUUUUGGAUCCAACAAAAAUAGAGAUUGGACCAGCACACUGACACCGCCGGUUACCGUUGAGGCGGCCGUGGCCGUUAUGCCCAAAAAGGCCAAGACAGCCGGUGGCAGCAGCAGCAGCAGCAUCGGUGCAACCGCCACCAGUAUUAAGCACAAGCAGCCGGCGGGCAGCGGCAGCAACGUUGGCCAAAGUCAGAGCAAGAAGACAAAGCCCAGUGGCAGCUACAAUAGCAACAACUACUAUGCCGCCGAUGAUGAGGAGGCCAACAGCAGUGGCUUCUAUUCGUCCGAUCUCGAUAUGAAGGCCGUGGAGGAGCUGUCGCUGCGACUGCUCGACGAACUGAGGGCGGCCAAGUCGCGGCAUUUGACCUGCACGGAAGUGUCGCUACCCUGUGAUCUCACGCCGAGCGUGGCCCGGGAAAUUAUCCGAGUGUCGGAGAAGGAGCCCCGCGGCAUCCGCGGCUGCACCAUCUACAUUGAGUUCGAGGACGAGCCGAAGAACUCGCGUCGCAUUGCCUCGAUCAAAGUGGAUCCGGAUACGGUGUCCACAUUCGAGGUGUAUCUGACAUUGAGGCAGGAUCAUCGCGGCUGGACGUCGCUGUUGCCGCAGUUCAUGAAGAGUUUGGCCCGCACGAUCACCAUCAGUCCGGAGUACACGAUCACCAAGAACAAGCUGUAUUCCGCCGAUGGCUUGGGUGCACGCCGGAGCUAUAGCUUCGGCAGCCACGCCCACAGACCCAGUGCGGCCAUAGCCACGCCCACAAAUUAAGGUGAUCUGCAAGAUCGGCAAAAAAAAAAAAAAAGAAAAAAAGAAAACACCACCCCUGUGAUGAUCGAGAGCAGUAGUUUGUUGCAGUUGAAGAGCAACAACGAAGCAAGUAUUCGAAGCCACCCCACCUACACCACACACACACACAAACAAACACACACCUAAAACACACACACACACAAUACACACCACACAAGAUUAGGGUACGCCAACCACACUCUCAUACUAAUACUAUAUAAUGGGUCCCGUAAGACCCAAAUUUUUGUAAUUGUGACUCUCACCACCAUUUUACUUAGAUGCGUAGUGCUAUAACAAAUAACUAGAGUUUUAAGUUGUUUCUCCUUUUUCAAAAACGCAAAAGCAAGAAAAACAAAAAAGGCGAGAAGAGCGGAUGAAAAGUAAAAAAAAGAAAAACCAACAUGAAAUUCAAAGACGGCAGCCCCACGAUGCCCAGAAUCAUAUUUCUGGGGCCAUCGCAUUUGGGGCUCGCCGGUCGACACUCAUGAAUAUGUGAUACUGUUUAAGAUGCUAAGAGUCUUUUGCCGGAUAGCCCAAUUCCGGCAAAGGACGUUGAUAAAAUUACACAUUACAUACACACACACACACACACAAAACACAUAAACACACACCCCAAAAACACAAUAAAACAGAACAGAUUUUUUUAAAAAUUGUAUGCUAUAUAGUAAUAAACAAAACAAACAACAAACCAACAAAACAAACAAACUUGAUCUUGGUAAAUUUAAAAUUUAACUUUAACUGAGAAGAUGCCUCGAAAUGUGAACGAGGUAGAUGAA